AAGUCCAAGACCCCGUGGACCAUUAUAAAUCUAACGACUUGCCUAAAAAGCCAUUUAUGCUUGAUCUUAAAUUCCAGUUGGGUUUGCUGCAUGAUAUCUUCAUUUUCAGAUUUCCAAAGCCCUAGCUAGCUAGCUUCUUAAUUUGUCCAUUAAACCCCCAGCCUCCUAAUUCUCCAUCUUGUAGUGGUUGUAGUUAACAUAUGUACUUUGUCGUAAUUUCAAGAAGCUCCUCAUUCGGGUUUUGAUGGCUCAGGAAAUGGAUAUCUCUUUUGACAUCUUGUUGCUACGUGAUGAAAUUUUAAGGCUUGCAAAGAGACCAAAGGACUCAACAAUAUCAAUAAUUUUUGCAACGUUUAAGCAUGGAAGGAGGAAGUCUGAUAAGAGAGAUGGAGGAGAUGGAUCAGAGUGGUCAAUACUUGUAAUAAUGUUACAGAUAUUGUUUCUGAUCAUCAUGAUGGUUUCUAUUGGCCCUCUGCUUGUGGACCCUUUGUUCUUGUUUGUUCCUAUCAUCAAUGAAAAUAUCAAGUGUCUCGCGUUGGACGAAAAAUUGAAAAAGACAGCUAUUGUUUUGCGAUCAUUUACAGAUCUCCCUUACGUAUGUAAAACCAUCUAUCAAGUGCUGCAUGUGUUGCACGCAUUGAUAUGUAAGGACAGGAACAGUUGCUGGUGGAGAGAAGCAGGUCGGCUUUUUCGCCCAGAAUUCCUACUUCAAAGCAUUUUACCUGUUCUUCCUAUUCCACAAAUCGUAAUUUUAAUUUUCCUUCCGAAAAUGACGGGCUCAAGAUCGUUGAAUGGAAUGAAGUUUUUGAACUCACUUAUUCUAUUGCAAUAUGUUGCACGAGCUUAUCCAAUGUUCAAAUUCUGUAAGAAUUAUAACAAGUCAACACGUGAACUUAGCAACAACAUUGCUAUGAGAAGGAAAAUAUGGAUUCCAGGUCUAUUAAAUUUCAUUAUGUACAUCCUUGCUAGCUAUGUACUCGGAGCAUUUUGGUACUUUUUUUCUAUUCAACGAGAGAUAGAUUGUUGGAUUUCUACUUGUCGAAGUGAAAAUGGAUGUGACUUAAGUACUUUACAAUGUGAUAAUUCUGGGUUCAGAAAUAUCACACUUCUACAUGAUUUAUGUCCAACAAAUCCACCAAAUCCAGUGGUAUUCGAUUUUGGCAUAUUCCUUAACACUCUCCAGUCUGGCAUAGUGGGAACAACAGAUUUUUCUCAAAAAUUCUUAAUGUGUUUCUCAUGGGGCUUACGAAAUCUAAGUUCUUUUGCUUCAAAUCUCAACACUAGUACCUAUGCAUGGGAAAACGUCUUCGUAAUUUUUAUUUCGAUGAGUGGUCUAGUACUAUUCAUAUAUCUGCUUGGACAUUUGCAGACAUUUAUGCAGGCAACUACCAGAACAUAUAGGAUACGGCUGAGGAAGGAAGUCAUAUCUCAACAAAUACGUUUCAUGUUAUCUGAAUAUGGCAUCCCUGAUAAACUUCCGAACGCUAAGUCCCCUGAAUCUGCAGCUAAGGCGAUUUGGGAAUUAGUAAGAGAAGCACUUGAAAAGGACGAAGAUCUUCCGGUGAAGAAUAUCUUCUCUUUACUUCCUGGGGAACUUAAGGAAGAUAUUAAGAGACAUCUCUUCUUGGAUACACUAAAGAAAUUGCCAGGGCUUGAAAACAAGGACAAAGAAGUAUUGAAUGCAAUCAUGGAGGAUCUUGAGCCAGUUAACUAUGCUGAUGGUACCUAUAUUAUUCGAGAGGGGGAGCCACUAGAUAGGAUGCUCUUCAUCACGCAGGGCAUUGCACUUGCUUACAAGACUACUACUACUGGUGGCGAAAGUGGCUCGUCAAGCACUGCAUAUCUUGAGAAAGGUGAUGUUUAUGGAAAAGAACUUAUAGGUUGGGCGGCGACAUCUACCCCAUUUUCCGGCUUACCCAUCUCAGGCCAAACUGUCAAGUCCCACGAAAAAGUUGAAGUCUUUGCAAUCAGGGCUGCCAGAUUAAAAAGUAUUGUCUCUAAGUUCUCGACGCAUUUCAACACACAGGAUAUUACUAUGGUGUAAAUAACUAGUAACUAGAUUUUUAAUUUAAAUUUUUUAUAUAUUCAGCUAUUUUUCAAAUUUAAAGAAUUUAAACG